AUGAGGGUCCUGGCCUGCUUCCUCGGCCCCCACCGCGGCUGGAAGGCCCACAUCUGCUCCCAUGAGGAGGACGCGGGCGUCGUCUGUGCAGGGCAGCGUGUGGCUAACUCGAGGGAUGGCCCCACCUCCCCGCUGGAUGGGGAUCCGUGGCCAGGGCUGUCUGGGGAGCUGAGCCUCAGCUCGGAGGAGCCCCCGGUGACACCUGCACCCCGCCCAGCCGGGAGCCCCCAGAACGGCUCCCGCAAGAAGAGCCCCCGGCCCAAGCAGGCCAAGUCCACCCGGGCCCCUGUGCUGACAACCGGAACCCCCCGCCAAGAGCGGCUGCGCCUGGUCUCAGGUCCCCACGGGUGCGCCGGCCGCCUGGAGGUCUGGCACGGAGGCCGCUGGGGCACCGUGUGUGACGAUGGAUGGGACCUGCGCGACGCUGCUGUGGCCUGCCGGGAGCUGGGCUGCGGGGGGGCACUGGCCGCCCCCGGGGGCGCCCGGUUCGGGCCUGGUGUGGGGCCUGUCUGGAUGGACGACGUGGGCUGUGGAGGAGGAGAACAGGCCCUCCGCGACUGUCCCCGAAGCCCCUGGGGCCGCAGUAACUGCGACCACAGCGAGGAUGCCGGGCUGGUCUGCACUGGCCCAGCCCCCCGACUGCGCCUGGCCGAUGGCCCCCACGGGUGCGCCGGCCGCCUGGAGGUCUGGCAUGGCGGGCGCUGGGGCACCGUGUGUGACGACGCCUGGGACCUGCGUGAUGCCGCCGUGGCCUGCAGAGAGCUGGGCUGUGGGGGGGCGCUGGCCGCCCCUGGGGGCGCCUUCUUUGGAGAGGGGUCUGGACCCAUCAUCCUGGAUGACCUCCGGUGUCGGGGAAACGAGACGGCCUUGCGAUUCUGUCCGGCGCGGCCCUGGGGCCAGCAUGACUGUCACCAUCGUGAGGACGCGGGGGCCGUGUGUGAUGGCAUGCCCCUGGGUGUUGUCCCUCCCACGGCCCCUGCAGUGGACAGCAACAGAUCCACGUCCAGGGAGGCAGCCUCCAGGCCUCUGACCACCAUGGUGAGCCAGGCCCCGGGGACAGCAGAUGCUGCACCUCCGCCAACCUCUCCGACAGCCCCGCGGGAGCCUGGGCCGGAAGCCGGGUCCCCCCAGCUGCGCCUGGUGGCUGGGCCCAGCAGAUGCUCAGGUCGGCUGGAGGUGUGGCAUGACAGGCGCUGGGGGACUGUGUGUGACGAUAGCUGGGACAUGCGGGACUCAGCCGUGGUCUGCCGGGAGCUGGGCUGUGGUGGACCUCGACAACCGGACCCUGCUGCUGGCCGCUUUGGCUGGGGCGCAGGCCCCAUCUGGCUAGAUGAUGUCAGCUGUGUGGGGACCGAGGCUUCACUGUCCAACUGCCCUGCUGCUCCCUGGGGGAAGCAUAACUGCGCUCACAAUGAGGAUGUUGGGGUCACCUGCACUGGGCCCCCUGGCCUGGACUCCAUCUCAGACCCCUUCAGUUGGAGCUGGGUCCCUGGGCUAGGUAGAGACCAGGAUGCCUGGCUCCCAGGAGAGCUGGCCACCAAGCCCUCCACAAGUCUGACCCCCAGUGUUCCAGAGAAAACAACCACGAAGGUCCCAGGGAAGAUGCCUAAGAGUACUAAGAAGUGGGUGACGAAAAAUGCAAAGAGACCAACCACUCAACCCCCUGGGAUGCCAACCACUAAUCACUCCAGGGGCCCGAGCGCCCAAAGCCCCCCAGAACUAACCUCACAGACCACUACAACUCUGACCACUGAGACCUCCCACAGAUGGACCCCACAUACCACCAUCACGCUAACUCCUCAGGCACCCCGGGAACAGACCACUAAGACCAUGGUAAUGCUGACCACUCACAGCCCCCGAGAAACAACCUCUGAGGCCACCAUCAACAGGAUCCCUCAGGCCUCCCUGGAGUCAUCCACCAAGAUCCCAGCAGAAGGGUCUCCAGAGUCACCUCAAAACCUGGCCCCCUCCCCCACUGCAAGCACCCCUGGGGAGUCAGGCCUGUUCCGGGUUCGUCUGGCCGAUGGGCCCAACCGGUGUGCUGGUCGGCUAGAAGUAUGGCAUGCUGGACGCUGGGGGACAGUGUGUGAUGACAACUGGGACCUGCGGGAUGCCACUGUGGCCUGCUGGGAACUGGGCUGUGGAAAGGUCCGGCCCCGUGUGGGCAAAACGCACUAUGGCCCUGGGACCGGGCCCAUCUGGCUGGAUGACAUGGGUUGUAAGGGAAGUGAGACCUCAUUGAGCGACUGCCCCUCAGGGGCAUGGGGGAAGCACAACUGUGACCACGAGGAAGACGUGGGGCUCACCUGCACUGGCUAUGCCAACGAUGAUGAUUAUCCCCCCUGGACCUGGGACCCCACCUCAGGAGAGGAUCUGAGCAAGGGGACCACCGUGGCAGGGGUGCCUGGACACACUCUCUCCUGGGGUACCACCAGGCGCCCAGGGAUCCCCUCGCCGGCAACAAGGCGCCUGCCAGACACAGGUGGCAAGGAUGGCUACAGACCUCCCUGGAUGUGGUAUGCUCAUUCGGGAAGGGGCCGGAUCAAGGGGGCCCCCACUGCAGACACGCCUGGGACCUCUCUUGCUGCUGGCACCACCAGGAGCCCAGGCUACCCUUCUCCAGCUCCAAGGGCCCACGGGGACACAGGUUCUCCGAGGAAACUGUGGCCCGAGCGCCGACUGCCGCGGCCCACUGCGGCCAGGGCAGCGCCUCCCACCUCGUGCCCGCGUUCCUCUGCCUCGUCAGGGACGCCAGGCCCACCGCGGACCUCUGACUCUGGUCCACAGCUCAUCCCCGACUCGGCUUCCACGCCGGAGGCGACCUCCGAACCUCCUGACACUUCGCCCCCAACCCUAGACCCGGCCUCCCGGCUGGACCCUUAUGUCUUCUUGACAACCCCUGGCCUUGCUUUGACCACUCCUGACUCCAUUGUGCUUCCAGCGCUGACCCCGGAGCUCUCGCCCACUGCACCACCCACCUCCCCCAAAGAGCUGACGUCUGACCCCUCUGCACUGUCAGAAGUGACCAGCCUUUCCCCCAACUCAGAGCUGACCCCAGAAUCGGACACAGCCGCAGACUUGGGCACAACUCCGUACCCGAAUACAGUCCCAGAAUCUUCUGGGCCACCAGACUCCUCCACAAGCCCUCUCUCCACUGUCACCCAUCAUCCCACCAUGGCCCCUCACUUCCCUACCACCACUCACCCCUCUACGACCCCUCACCCCUCCACAACCCCUCACCCCACCACAACCCCUCAGCCCUCCACGAGCCCUCAGCCCACCACGACCCCUCAGCCCACCACAACCCUUUACCCCACUACCCCCACUCACCCCCCCACGACCCCUGACCCCACCAUGAUCUCUCAACCCACCACAACCCCUCCACCUCCUGCAACCUCUCAGUCCAUCACCACAACUCACCCCGCCAUGACUCCUGACCACUCUGCAACCCCUCGAUCCCCUACAAGCCCUCAACCCAUCACCGCCACACACUCUGACUUGACUCCUGAUCCCUCUACAGCCCCUCCCAUCACUACCAAGUCUCUUCCAGCCUCUGCAGGGACAGAACUUUCCUAUCCCACUCCAGGCCCAUCGGCCACGUCCAACGUGCAUCCCCAACUGACCCUCACAGCCCCUGCCCCUCGCGCCUCCACGUCCCAGAUGCUGAUCCUAGAACCUUCUCCAGCCUUGGAGUCCAGUUCCUCCGAGUCCUCCACAACCCCAAGCAUGGGCCCAUUGUCCACUGAGGAUUUCACACCAUCCAGAAGCCAGAGCUCCAGACUAACCCCUUCACCGGCCCAGACCCCACACUCAGACUCUGACCCCACCUUGACCCCUGACCUCCACCUCUCCCCCAUGGCCCACCCCUUGGAUCAACCUCCCCCUGACCACCCCACCCUAGGGCCAACCCCCGGUCUGAGCCCAGGCCCCCUUGGCCCAUGUGUGGCCCCAAAACCACCUGUAAGGGUCAUGGCUUGCGAGCCGCCUGCCCUGGUGGAGCUGGUGGCAGCUGUGAGGGACGUGGGUGGUCAGCUGCAGAGGCUGACACAAGUCCUGGAACAGGACCGGCAGGAGCGCCAAGUCCUGCAGCUGGGGCUGACCCACCUGGUAGAGGCUGCCCAGGGUCUGGGGCAGCUGGGUGAGGCUGUGAAGAGACUGGCAGAGGUGGCCUGGCCCCCCAGCAUGCCUGCACCAACCACCACUACCCCAGAGGAGGAAGAGAGGCCUCUGAGGGGAGAUGUGUAACCUACUCUGGGAUUUGGGGGGCUUAGGACUCUCCCAACCAAAAAAAGAAUACCAAAAUAUCUAAUUAAAAACAAGGUGUGAGUGGU